CCCACUCUUCGACCCGCGUACCAUCCGUCACCCACGGUCUUCCGAAUAGAACCUACCUGAACACCUGACGAAGUUCAUUCACUUCUGGCUGCGCAAGCCACUGGAAAAAGAGGUGCGAGCACGCCUCCGGGCCGAAUGCCCCAGACCUCUGUUACCCGAUAAGGUGGCACUUACACCCGAAUUUGACAAUACGGUGGUGGUCUUAAUGUCACGCUCGGGCCGAGACCCCCGAAAAGGAGUGGAGAAAGGCAUGAAGGCGGCACAGGACAAAGUGCUGGACUUACUUGGCCCCAUCGCGAAAAUACUCUAUUUCGCAGACCUAGCCCUCAGCCAGGGCUCCCAACUAGACCCUCACAUCAUACGGGAAUGGUCUCAAAGAUCGGUGUGCCUUCUGGGCAACGCCAAUGCCACAUUGUGCACCGAAAGACGCAAAUCGGCACUAAUCCGCAUUGAUAGCAAGCUCCUGGAUCUCGGGGCAAAAGAAUUCGGACCAAAAGCCCAAGGACAACUGUUUGGCGAUGCCUUCAUCGCAGAGCUCAAAAAGCACGUAAACCUAUUCACCACUUUGAAUAAGGCCCAAACCUCACUCAAGCAGGUUUUUCAUACCCCGACUACAAGGGGUGUUUUUGGAAGGGCUGGUCGGCAGCGGAACCGAGCCACCAGCCGUUUUUGGACCUCAGGUUCCAGAUCAUUCCCGCAAGCUCAGAGUUUCUUCCCAUCUACGACACAAAGGUCCUCUUCGUUCCGAGGGACGGGGGGGUCUAGAGGAUUCAGAGGUCAAAUACGCGGCCGUUUCUCCAAUGUGUGAUCGCCUUCUCGACAAGCGUGAACGUCUUCUAUUCGGGACAAGGGCUCAUCUUCCAUACCGUUAUACCAUGGAACUACCGGAGUUAUUUUCCCUAUUAUGCUGUUGAACUGUUAACGUAAUUUGUUUAUGUUUUGUUGUUAUUUACCAUUCGCACCAAAGAAAGAGAAAGUUAUGUCAUAGACAGGGCCUUUUAUGGGCACCAUAUCUUUUCUCUGAUUGGUUAUUACUGUUUCUAUG